UUUGACCUCUGCAAAAUGGAUAGUAGUGAAAACUAUCAUUCUCCAACAGAGACAGAGGGUGAUGUUUAUGUGAAUAUACAGGACUGCCACCCAAAACCCAAAAACUCAGAUAUCUCUGAGCGCACUGAGCUGAAAGACAACAAGAAAACAGGAAAGAUCUUCAUAUGUGCUGUUGGUCUCCUCCUAAUGCUUGGUGGUGCUUUAUCAGCACUCUGUGCUGUAGUGAUCUUGUAUCACAAUAAAAUUGCCUCCUUUGAGAUAAUACAUGAGCAGUAUGAGAAUGCUACAGUCACACUUAUGAUGCAAGAACAUAAAGUCAAGGAAAAAGAGAGACUUUAUGAAGUGCUGAAGAUGAAGUAUAAGCAAGCUCAUGACCGUCUCUCUGCAUGCAAUGCAAAUCAAAACUGUAAACUUUGCGAGGAAGGAUGGAAGUCUCUUGGUUUAAAGUGUUACUACUUCUUAACUAACAAACUGACCUGGACACAGAGUAGAGAUUACUGUGUGGAGAAAGGAGGCCACCUGGUGAUUAUAACCAGCCAAACUGAACAGGAUUUUGUAUCUUCACAAAUUAAAGAAACACAUUGGAUUGGCCUGAAUGACUUGGAGACUGAGGGAAAGUGGAUGUGGGUGAACAACCAGCCCUUAAAUGAGACGGGUGUAACGUUCUGGUAUCGAUCUCCAAAUGAGCCUGAUAACUGGAAAAAAGAGGACCCUUCUGGAGAGAACUGUGCCUCUCUGGGGCAUGAGAUUGGUGAAACACAUAAAUGGUUUGACGCUUCUUGCCGUAAGCUAAAACAAUUCAUCUGUGAAAAGUAAAAUACUGCACUUGCAUUUUUGGCUAAAAAUACUUACGAUUUUGAGAAAAGUGGAUAAUGUUUGGUUAUUGAGUCUGAAUAUUUGAUAUUAAUAAUACAGCCAACUGGAUUUUGUCUAUUAAGAAAAUGUAUACAGCCAGCUUUAAAUCAGAAUCAAAGAUUUUUUAAAUGUUUUUCAGCAUUUUAAAACGUCUUGGAUUUUUAAACCAGCAAGUUCAAAUGACUGAUGUUUUUUUAUGUGAUUAUCUAAGCUUGUGUAAACCUCUAGACCAUUAGAAGAUGGCAUGAGAUCAUGUAUGUAGAUUUUCUCCCUCUGCCUUGUAGAAACUUCAACAUUUAACAAUAUCUAUUUAGAAUAGUUUUACUAUCAUGAAUCGCCAGUGUUUUAUUUCCUUGAAAACAUGUUAAAGACAAAGCGACUGAACAGUUAUAACUCUGAAGAUGUUUAGUGACUCAUACAAGGAUCCACAUCAGGUCUGAUGAGCUGAUUCUGAUUAAAGGAGGUAAACGUGAUUCACCAAAAGAGCUUCAGUGAACCUCGCCAUAAAUUCUACAAGUCUUCUAACUGUACUGGACAGAUGAACACUGCUCUUCCAAAAGAUAUUUCUUCAGUUAAAUUUUUUAAUAACCCUUCAGCAUAGCAUAACACAGCAACAGGUUCUCCUUUAAUUUGUCAUGCAUCUCUGUACUUCUGCUAUGUACUGUAUGUUUGCUGAUGAUUGAGUGGUGUGCCUUUCAUGUUAGAAAGA